UAUGGAAGAUGAAGAAGCGACAUCUUAUAACUUUUACAAGAAAGAGGCUGCAAAAUACGGAAAAACUGGAGAAUUGGAAAAAUGUCUUAAGUUUCUAAUAAAAAUGAAUACGAUACGUCCAUCAUCGAAAAAUCAGGAUCGUAUUGAAAAAGUUACGGAAAUGAUAAAAGAUGAAAAAUCGAGUGAUGAUAACUCAACAAAAUCAUCGAAAGACUCGCCGUCUCCCUCAUACUCUAGAAUAAAACAGGAAAAUCUGUCCUCUCCAUCAUUUUCUGAAAAAAAAGCUCCUCAGAAUGCGGCUGAACUGAUACGGCCUGAAAUAUACAAACGACUUUAUGAGCAUCAACGUCAAGGUGUUGAAUUCUUCUUCAGGUUAUAUAGAAUGAAUUCAGGAGGAGUUUUGGGCGAUGAUAUGGGUCUUGGAAAAACAAUUCAAACAAUUGCAUUUCUAAGUGGAAUGUUUCAGAAGAAAUUGAUAAAGAGUGCUAUAAUUGUUGCUCCUCUAUCUGUUAUUAGUACUUGGGAGAAGGAAUUCGAUAGAUGGGAUAAAAGUAUUAAUAUCUGUGUAUAUCAUGGACCUAGUAAAACAGAAAAGCAUAGAAAUUUGAAACGUAUUCAAACGUUAGGUGGAGUGCUUAUGACAACUUAUGGAACACUUUUAUCGGGUUCUGACCUUCUUUCAGAAGAUAUUCACACUCACAGAUUCUUUACAUAUGAUUAUAUUGUUCUCGAUGAAGCUCAUAUGAUAAAAAAUCCUGCUUCAAAAACAACGGUUGCACUCUUUAAAGUCAGGGCCAGAUGGAGAAUUGCCCUUACGGGUACACCUAUUCAAAAUAAUUUAAGAGAAAUGUGGGCGUUAUUCAAUUGGACUCACAGUGGAACUCUACUAGGAAUUCAAAAAUCAUUUAAUGAUAUUUACGACAAACCAAUUACGAGGGGUCGUGAAAAAGAUGCAACCAAUUUUCAAAAGAAACAAGGAGAAAUGAAGGCUAGAGACUUGUUUAGAAAAAUUAAUCCGUUUUAUUUGCAUAGAAGUAAGGAUGAGGUAACCGCUAAAGAAAAUUCAAGGCCGGUCGAUGAAAAUUCAUUAGUACCAAGAAUGCCUAAAUUGUCAAAAAAAACCGAUUUUAUUAUUUGGUGCUAUCUAUCUGAGACGCAAAAAGAAGUUUACAAAAAGUACUUUGAAUCAGAUGAAGUUAAAAUGAUUCUUAACAGUAAGAGAUCACCCCUAGUCACUUGUACCGUAUUCAAAAAAAUUUGUGAUCAUCCUUGCCUCUUGACUGCUCGUCAAAUUAUUGAACUUGAUAUUCUUGAUCCUGUCGACGAUUUCAAAGGAAGCAUAACCGAAGAUCUGUUAGAUAAAGCACCUUCACCCGAAAUUCUUUCCUCAGUUGAUCUGGAAAAAGUUAUAGAUAUGUGUGGAAAGUUUAAAUUUUUACUUCCUCUUUUAGAAGAUUUGACUUCGGAAGGUCAUCGGGUGCUAUUGUUUUCCUUGACAAAAACUGCUCUAUCAAUACUGGAACGAUGCCUUAGAAAAAUUGGUAUUCGAUUUCUCAGAUUAGAUGGUUCGGUGACAGGCCAGAUGAGAUUUGAAAUGAUUGAAAGGUUUUCUCGUAGUCCACCAGGUACGGUAUUUCUUUUAACAACGAAAGUCGGUGGAUUGGGCCUAACUCUUACGGCGGCAGAUAGAGUUGUUAUUUUUGAUCCAUGGUGGAAUCCGGCUGUUGAUAGCCAAGCUAUAGAUCGAGCAUUUAGAAUAGGGCAGGAUAAAGACGUCGUCAUUUAUAGACUAAUGACUUGUGGAACCAUAGAAGAGAAAAUUUACAGAAGACAAAUAUUCAAGACCGGAGUUAGCCAACAAGUCACUGAACAAAAUUUAAAUUCUAUGAGAUACUUUAGUUCAAUUGAUAUUCGUUCAAUUUUACUGUUGGAAAAUACCGAAGCAUCUGACACACACGGUAUGCUCGAGGCCAUUCACGGACCCUUGGAUUUGAGUGAUCCAGUAGUUGAAAGUCACGUUGAAUUCUUAACAACUCUUCCGACUUUCGGAAUUACUGACCAUAAGAAAGUAUUUCAACACGAUGACGAUGACAUAAAAAUCUCAGCCGAAGAACGGACAAGGAUGAAUGAAAUGCAAACAUUCGACGAUAAAACACUACAGAAAGAUCAUGAAAUGACGAGCACUUUUAAUUCUGAAACAAAUCACGAACAGCUACUAGACUUUACCAUGGGGUCUAACUUUGGCAAUCCAAGAAAUAAUUUCAAUGAAAACUCAAAUUCAUCCUCAUCUCUGAGGACACCUUAUGACGAUGGAAGAAUUGGUGACGGAGUACAGUUUCUUGAUGAAGUUGUUCCUACUCCUCCUAUUUUCAAAAAACCUCCUCAACAAAAUGUUGAGGUUAUCGAAGUAAACGAUGAUCCUAUGACUGUCGAUGAUGAUGUUAUUGAAAUACUUGAGGAUAAUAAUCCUGCCAGCAAACAGUCGUUAGAAAAAAUGUCCGACGGUCUUGGAUCUAGACGUUCUCCCUCAUGUUCUUCAAAUAUUACAAAUGAUAGUUCUACAAAUUCCCCAUCAUCAAAUUCUGAGCCAUCAGCUGUUGAAGAGAACGCUGACACAUCCCUAACACAGUCACUAUUGAAUAAGUUGGAUGUGACUUCAAAGAGUGAAGAAAAAGAAGAAAUAAGUUUUGAAAUUGAUUGUGAAACUGCAGAUAGCGCGCUACAGACAUCACUACCUGACGAAAAUCAGCAACCAAGCUUAAACUCCUCCAGAGCUACAAACAAUAUCUCCAAUACGUCACAUAAUAUAUCUCAAGAGGAAAAUUUAUCAUUUAACUCACCUUCAAAAUCUGAUGCUACACGUAGAGGAACUCCCUUGUCAGAAGUCAGACGCUCAACUCCAAAGUCUACUGCUUCUAACAAAGUAAACUCGGGUAAUAGUUUUGCAGAAAAUUCGACACCGGGAUCAGAGGAAAUUGAAAACAUUUCAGAAUCUGCUAAACAUUCAGAGACACUUUCUACACCAUUAUCAGAUAGAUCUAAUAGUUUCCAUAACAGUUCAAGAGGAUCGGCAAUGAGUAAAUCAUCCCCCAAAUCUAACAUAACUAAUGAAUCGAAUAAAUCGGCGAAUAGCUCUAUGAAAUUAAGUCUAGAUUUAGACUAUGAAGAGAGCAGCGAAUCUAGAAAUGAGUCAAUUCAGUCGAGCAAUAAAUCAGAGUUAGAUUUUCAAGGAUUUCAAAAAUCUUUUGAAUCUAAAACCUCAAAUUCUGCCAGCAAUGAAGCAGAUUCAGGAGGAGAUACAAAUGACAGCGAAAGUAGUGAUGAUGUAAUAGAGGGUAGUGAUAGUGAUACAGAAAGUAGCAAAUAUGAUAAAUAUUUGACAAUGAUUCAAAAGAGCCGAAAUUUAAAGAAAGAGGGUAAAUUGGCUGAUGCUCUGGAAAUUGCAAAAGAAGCUAUACAAGUUUGGGAUGGCGAUAUUAGAAUAAAGUCAUAUAUCAGUAAAUUAACAGAAAUGUUGAAAUAG